AUGGACAACGACUACUUAGCCGCCGAUCAUCAGCUCCCUUCCUCCACCACACCACCACUCCACCUUCUCAUUAUCUUCUUCUUCCUCGCCGCCGCCGCCGGCACCAAAAUUCUGAUCAAAAGGAAGACCUCAAAUUCCUCCACCCAACAGCUACCUCCAGGCCCAUGGAAGCUGCCCAUCAUCGGGAACCUGCACCAGCUUUUGGGGGCCCAGCCGCCGCACCGCCGGCUCAUGGACCUGGCCCGGAAACACGGCCCACUGAUGCACCUCCAGCUCGGGGAGACGUCAAACGUCGUCGUUUCCUCCCCUGAGCUGGCCAAAGAGAUCCUCAAGACUCACGACCUCAACUUCGCCAACCGGCCGCUCUACCCCGUCGCCAGGAUCCUGUCCUACGACGCCAGGGACAUGGCGUUCGCGCCCUACGGCGACUACUUCAGGCACAUCAGGAAAGUCACCAGCGAGGAGCUUCUCGGCCGGAGGCGCGUCAAGUCGCUGCGUCCGGUCAUGGAGGCCGAGAUCGCCGACCUCGUGACAGCCCUACGGAAUUCCAAGAGUUAUCAGGGUGUGGUGGUGAACUUGUGCCGGAUGCUGGACGCGCUGGGGAACACCCUGAUCUGCAGGGUGGCGUUCGGCAAGAUGACGCCGAAGCAACAGGAAGCCUUCUUGCCGCUGAAAGAAGAGAUGGUGAAGGCGUAUGGCGGAUUUGGCCUGGGGAAUUUCUUCCCGUCCAGCAAGUUGAUACGUCUCCUCUCCGGAACCGAGAGAGCGGCAACCAAGCUUCACAAGGAGAUGGAUGCAAUGCUCGAAAGCAUUGUCGGUGAGCAUAUGGCGACAAGGAAAGCAAGGUCAGAUGAUCUUCUUGACGUGCUCUUGAAUUUGAUGGAGGAGGAGGAGAAGAAUCAAGAGCUUGGAUUCUCCAUCACCAUUGUUGAGAUCAAAGCUAUCAUCUUGGAUGUAAUCCUUAGUGGCAGUGACACAUCCACUGGAACGGUAGCAUGGGUGAUGUCAGAACUCAUGAGGCAUCCACGCGUCAUGGAGAAAGCACAAGGAGAAGUGAGACAAACUUUCGAUGCGAAAGGGAUGCCCAUCGACGAAGCGGGUAUCGAAGAGCUAAACUAUCUGAAGGCGGUCGUCAAAGAAACUUUCAGGUUACGUCCCAUCACUCCUCUGUUGGUCCCCAGAGAGUGUCGGGAGGCGGUUGUGGUUGGUGGGUACCAGAUACCAGAAAAGACGAGGGUUAUGGUCAACUCGCUGGCCAUCGGGCAGGAUUCUCGUUACUGGACCGACCCCGAAAAGUUCUCCCCGGAAAGGUUUGUCGAUCUCCCGGAAAUCGAUCAUCGGGGGACGUGCUUCGAAUUCCUUCCGUUCGGAGCUGGCAGGAGAAUGUGUCCGGGCAUGACUUUCGGCUCGACUGUUAUCGAACUUCUGCUUGCAAACCUGCUUUAUCAUUUCGACUGGCAGCUGCCGGAUGGAAUCGAGCCUCGAGACGUCGACAUGUCUGAAAAAUUCGGUCUUGCACUUAGAAAGGAACAUGAUUUGCAUCUGAUUCCGAUUCCCUACUACCCCUAA